AUGCCAAAAACUGAUCAUUAUGAAGAAAACGAAGUCCAAUUAUCGAAUUGGCUAACUCUUCGAAUUAUAUAUUUCACAAUAGCCAUCUUAUCAAUACAGGGUCUCUCUCAAAAACUCGAUGAUUCAUGGCCUACCGAUGAGCUCAUAUACGCCGCUUUUGGUGUUACCGCGCUCCAUGCGGUCGUUGCGGGUCGCUGCAUCUUCACUUACCCUCCUCCAGUUCCAGUUUACUCGUUAGGACGACUCGGCCUCUCAUUCUUCUCCUUGAUAGUGUUUGUAAUUAUGUUUCACUUUUCCUCCAAAUAUCGGGACAAAGACGUCACUACCUUCACAUUUACCUUCAUCGCCGGUGGGAUUGCAAUCAUCCAACUCUCUAGUUUACAUAUUUCCGGUUUAGAACUCUCACAUGCUCUACAUAUUAUCGGACUUGGAGGUUAUGUUGGUGUUAUUGGUAUGGGUUAUGACCCGAUCAUACUACACACUUCAUUGGUCGGCUUCAUUGUAGUUGGUCUCUCUCAAUAUGUCAUCCUCCUCCUUCAGUUUCCUCAAGGUGUUUGUCUCGCCAUGAUCAAAGAAUAUUUCAAAGACUAUUACUUAUUUAAUGUCGAAUUUUAG